CCAGGCUUGAUUACUACGACCCCUCUCUCUCUCUCUCUCUCUCUCUCUCUCUCUCUCGCGCAAGUCGCAAUCGAUUUCAUCUUCCGAACACUCGCUCAGUCACCCGGUGACAAGGCCUUCAUUUCUGAUUAAAGGAUGGUUGAUCGUCUUUUUGAGGAUAUAUUUCAGAUACUGCAAUUAAACCCAGAUGGAAAGAAGUUUGAUAAAGUUACUCGAAUUGAAGCGAAGAGUGAGACAUGUGAGAUGUUCAUGCACCUAGAUGUGAAUACAGAGGUGUAUCCCAUGAAGGAAGGUGAAAAGUUCUCAAUGGCUUUAACUUCUACAAUCAAUUUGGAUGGAACACCUGAUACUGGCUAUUUUACCCCGGGAAAUCGCAAGACCUUGGCUGAUGAAUAUGAAUACGUGAUGCAAGGGAAGCUUUUUAAGAUUUCAGAAGGUUCUAAACGUGAUCCUAAAGCGGAGGUGAAUGCUUCAUUUGCUGGGCUGUUGAUGAUGCUCAAGGGGGAAGCCUCUCAAUUUAAGAACUUUGAACUUGAUCAAAGACUGUUUCUCCUCAUCAGGAAGCUGUAAAACUCUAUGGCGUCCAAUGCGCCCCUUUCCUGCAGCGUUGCCCUAAUAUGACCAUUGCUUGUCCUUGUGUUGUAUAAACAUGUCUGCACCUUGAGUUUGAAUUACUGCUUGGAUACUGUAUUCGCUUUUUUAAGUCGUAUUGUUUAUGCAUCAGUGCUAGGACAAUUCACAGCUGUAUGAAACUCUGAAGCAGGUCAGCUGCUCUCUAGUAUUGUAUGAGCACUGUUAUGUCAGCCGCUUCCUAUUUUAUUUUUUUGGAUAGUGAUCCCUCAGUUU